UUUCCACACUAUGAUUAGUUCUGUAUAAACUGUACAGCAACUAGAGCACUUGUCAAUGUAGUCAUUUGUCCUGCAAGGGGUGCUGUACUCGACUUCUCUCUCAGUCCUACAUGCAGCCGCUCUGUAUAAUUAAAAACAAACACGCACAUUAAUGGCGUCUUUCCAGGCAGAUCAGGCAGCUGUUUUUAUCAACUGCUUUUAGUGUCGUAGCCUAGUCAUUUGCUGCUGAAGCAGCGGCAGCAUCGCCACAGUUAGCAUUUACAGUUCAUUAAUGUGGCAUAGUAAAAUUGAGGCAGCGGUGACAGAGGUGUUAUAUAACAAAUGGACGUCGCCCAGAGUAAACCGGGGAUGUUCUCGCUUCUUUUAGCUUUGUAAAUAGAAACGGCUAAUCGUUUCACCCGCCCCUGGAUGUGAAAGUGAUAGAUACCAGAAGGAUGUCACUUACCACACUGUGUUACUUUUGUAUCUAGUUAGGGGUACAUUGUAGGCAUUGCUGCUGUCAUCAUUUACACGUUUACUGAGACUGAGGAAGUAAUCUCGGCAAAGAUCCAAAGCAUCACUAACAGGCAUCUAUUUAAGGAUUCUGAACUGAUUAAGAAAGACCGACGGAAAAAAUUAAGGAGCAGUGAACCAAAGGAAUAUCGAUUGGUUUUGUGUUUUAUGUCGGAAGUCACCAGUGAAGAAGAGAAGAACUCUGAGUGGUGACCUGCAGCCACACACCAUAUUGUAUCUUUAUACUAAAAAACUAAGGUGGAAGGAUAUGGUGGAUUAGAAACUCAAGUGAACUCUCUGUACUGGGUUAAACUCAUUUCUCUGAUUGACUGUUACAGUCUCUCUGGACCAAGUGUGUCCUCAUAACAUCUCUGAGACUUUGCUCACAAUGACUACAGCAAGAUAUAGGCCUACUGGAGAUUUGGCCCUGGACCCUCUAGUGACCUGUAAACUGUGCCUUGGGGAAUUUCCAUUGGAGCAGAUGACAACAAUAACCCAAUGUCAAUGUAUCUUUUGUACACUGUGCCUAAAACAGUAUGUGGAACUCCUGAUCAAAGAGGGCCUACAAACGGCUAUUAGCUGUCCUGAUGCUGCCUGUCCAAAUCACGGCCAUUUACAAGAAAAUGAGAUUGAAUGCAUGGUUGCAGCAGAAAUUAUGCAAAGAUUCAAAAAGUUACAGUUUGAAAAGGAGGUUCUGUUGGAUCCUUGCCGGACCUGGUGCCCGUCGUCCUCCUGUCAAGCCGUGUGUCAGCUGAAAGAAAUGGAGCCCCCUGCCUUGCAGCUGGUCCAGUGCACAGCCUGUAACCUGGAGUUCUGCUCUGCCUGCAAAGCAAACUGGCACCCUGAGCAGGUCUGCCAAGAGAACGUGCCUGUGACAUCAUUCCUUCCAGGAGAAACAAGUUCAUUCUAUAAGAAUGAUGAUGAUGAUGAUGAUGAUGAUGAUGAUGAUGCUCCGAUCAAGCGAUGUCCAAAAUGCAAAGUCUAUAUCGAACGUGAUGAAGGCUGCGCCCAAAUGAUGUGCAAAAACUGUAAACAUGCCUUCUGCUGGUACUGCCUGGGGUCUCUGGAUGAUGAUUUUCUAUUGAUCCAUUAUGACAAAGGACCAUGUCGCAACAAACUUGGGCACUCCAGGGCAUCUGUAAUCUGGCACAGAACACAAGUGGUUGGUAUUUUUGCUGGGUUUGGUCUGUUGCUGUUGGUGGCGUCUCCCUUCCUCCUUCUGGCCACUCCAUUUGUCUUGUGCUGCAAAUGCAAAUGCAGCAAGGGUGAUGAUGAUCCACUGCCUACCUAGUUGGCUGGCUGUUUUCUAUUCAGAGUGGUUUGCUUCUGUUCACCAGCACUGUUUCAGCCUUACCUUGUCCAUCUUGCUUUAUAGUACAAGCUCCAGUGCUCUGCUUUCCAGAAAGGUCACCAGUGCAUUAGAGACUGGUUCAGUUCUGAAAGGAAGAGUGCAAAGAAAAAAACACAGAACAUCAAUUAAAGGGAAAACAAAAUGUGCUGUGAGAGGUCCCUUAGGAGAAUAUGAAAGGAAGGUGUCAGGCAAAACAGUUACAGAAAGAGGUACAGGUGUUGCAAGGGAUGCUGGUAGCUAUUCAUUUUCCAGCUUGGGCAAUAAUAUGGGGGAAGGGGAAGUUAACAAAAAAACAGCAAGUAAUUAUAGUAUUGCUUUUUUUUUGUAUCUGAUAUCUGUGAAUCGCAACUAAAUAAAUAAUUUCCUUAAACACACAUAGCCACCUGUUUUUUCUUUCUUUUCUUGAAGCAUAUGAUAAACAGUACAAAGCAAGUGCAUUUUACAGUGUUUUACCUUCAUGUGUUUAACCCUUUAAGUUGCAUUUUAUCCCACAAGUCAUGUGACUCGGAUACUGCCACAACCAUAAAGAGAGGCAUGUUCUGUGCACACUUCUGAAAGUCCUAAGGAUUAGGAAGCUUUGUUGAGUUGCUUACUUAACAGUCAGGCUUUGUAGCUGACUAGUAUUCUUCACCCUACAUUUAAUGACAAGGUUACUUUUCAGUACAGCAACAUGUAUGUAUUGAUAAGUGACUACAAUGCUAAACUUUGAUAUAUAUGUUGAUGUUUCUUAUUAUUUUUACAAUGCCAAGUUAAUCUGUAUUAUAUCUGUGCUCAUUUGACUUUGGAACAUCCAGUUUAACAAGGGAUAAAUAUUUCUAAAUAACUUGUUAAAACGGGGGGUAAAAUACAGCACCACUAAAUGGCCCACGUCUUUUCCCUGUGUUCUGGUUACAUUCCUUCAACCUACCACUUCUGACCAAAAUACCUCUGUUUUGUUAACAGUUGAUUUAAAAAAAAAAAAAAAAAAAAGUAUCCCUUCCGUUGAACAUGGAAAUAUCGGUAAUAAAGUGCUGGUUUUCUUUUUUUCACGAUCGAAUCCACCAUUUAAGUACGUUCUGCACAAUUUCACUGUGUCAUUACUUACUGCAUAUUUACAAUAUGUAUAUUCUGUACUGUGAUAGACAUGUUAUACGUUUGCCUGUCAUAUACUGGUUUACAUUUAAUUCCCUUUCAGCAAACUUUUAUUUUAACCAAUGACACACACUUUUAUUCAAAAGGGAGUUUAAAGCAUUUUUUUUUUCAAGUAGCCAGUGCUGAGAAUAAAGUACAGUAAAAAUACAGUGUGAUGUGGUAAGCGUUCGCAAAGGCCUUUUGAGAAAUGUAGAGGCAUACAGAAGACUAAGCUCUGGUUGACUGAAAGCCCAACAGAAGUGUAUAAUAAAGCACUAGAACUCAGAUUAGAAAGGUAGUUCACGUCCAAAAAGAAGCUACAGACAAGGUCAACUACCACACCAUCUAAUCAGGACAGUACUGAUUAGAAACUGGUAUGCAAGGCCUGUACUGCUAUUUAAACAUUUAAAUUACAUUAAGAUUAUCUACCUUUUCAAUGUUGUGAUGCUUUUCUUUUUUUUUAUAUUGGAAUGUUUCCGUAAUGGAGUAUCCUAAUUUGUGGAUGGAAGUUCAGGUUUCUAGUAAGAUAAUAGCUUUACCCUAACUAGUAAUCAUUUUGGCUUGCCUUGCCUUGCCUUGCAUGGUUAUGUUGUUAAGAUGUUUUUGCAGUAUUGUAAAAUGGAUACUGUCGUACACCAUUUUGUAAAGCUCUGUACUCUUCAGGUGUUUUCAUGCUCUGAGCAGAUAUUACACAGGAGAACAGUAAAACAACCCCCUGCAGUGUCACGUUUUUAAUCCUAGUUUGUAAUGACAUUGCAAAUAAAGAGAAAUACUCGCUUGUUUUUUUUCUUUUUUUAAUAAAAGUCCUGUCGUCAUGCUGAAGUAGAUAAUUGCCGCUCAUAGUGAAUUUUGCAUGAGGGUUCAUUGCAGGAAUCCAGGCAGGGUUUCAGUACCUCUUGCCUCAUCUUCUCAAGAGUGCCUUGAGAUUAAACAUCUUCAAAGCAUAUGGGACCAUUUUUCUUUGUCAAAAACAGCAGCUCUAACAGUACUGGUGAGCCCUACAUUGAAGCAAAUGCAAAGGCAAACCAUCAGAGAAUUACAAAAUCAUCUUAACAUUAUCCUAGUGAACUAGCCACUGUUUUUCAAUUCCUUCUUUUGUGUAAUUUUAAAGAUCACAGUUCUACUUAAAAAUAAAAGAAUAUAAACAAGGGGUCAGUCUGUCCUAGGUUUACAUUUUCCUCUGCCAGGCUAGUGUCAUCUUUUAUGUGGGUUUUCUUUGCAUGUAUUGCUCAAGACCUUGGAAUUUGCAUUGCCUUUGUUUUAAUUUGCCUUCAAGUUGCGCCAUAUUUUUUAUGGAUACACAUAAUCUUACAUGAUUUAAUAAAUGUAUUUACAUUUUAUUAUGUAUGUAAUUGAAUUCUACCUGUAGAAUUGUAACCUUGUAAAUUGAUAUGCAUGACAGUCUUGUAUAUAAAAAAAACUGUAGAUUAGUUCCUCUGUAAAGUUCAUGUAUUUCAAUGUAAAUGUAUCUAUUGUGCCCCUAACACUGUGAUAUUAAAAAAAAAAAAGUUUAA